CUAAAUUAUUCAAAAACCAUGUGGAUUGACACUUCUCUUCAAAAUCAAGGCUAUCAUUUACAUAAAGAACAAGUACUGAGUGUCGAUAAACUUCAGCUUUAUAAUGAAGACGAUGAUACCACAACAGAUAACGGAAAGACAUUGAGCAGUGUAGUCACUAUGGCAGAUAAUAUUUCUCAUGAUUCACCUUUAUAUGAGGAAGAAGAAUCUCUGGCUACAUUUGAAAAGAUCAUGAAAGACCCUGAGAAUAGUAGAAUAUCUAAAUAUCGAAACACUUAUUUUAUGGAUGGAGGAAGUAGAUUUAUUUCUUUACCUACUUUGGGUAAUACGAGCACAAAAGCUGCAUCACAUAUUAGUCGAGUGUUUGAAGAUUGGCUUCAAUACAAAUUAUAUCAUCAAAACUAUGAUGAACGUUUACCCAUCCUGGAGGAUUCAGUUGAGUUGAUUGCAGAGGAUAUUGUCAACAAACUAAAGUCACGAAAUUCAGUAAGGGGAUUAGCUGGGCUUGCCCGUAUUUUUAUACAAAUCAGAACAGGUCACAUCUAUACAUAUCAUCCAUUAGAAGAUGGUCAGCCUCUUAUUACAGCCGAUAUGGAAGAUUUCUUCCAACAGUUUCCAUUAUUCGUUGAAAUCAUUAUUUAUACAAUGCCGAGAGAAGAUCAAUCGAUUGAAGAUGUUCAACUAUUAUUAACCGUAGAGAAUAUAACGAUCAACCCUUCUGAGCCAUAUCAAAUAAAGCAAGAUAUUCAACUUGUAGCUUAAUACCCUUCUUUUUGGCUGUAAAUAAAUAAAUAAAUUAUUCGUUUUAUUCAGUAUCUGAAUCACUAUACAGCACUAAACCUCCAUUACUAUUACUAUUAUUAUUAUUAUUAUUAUUA